AUGUAUGCUACUCGAGCUUUGAGAAUGAUGCCCACGAGGCGCAUGGCAUUCCCUAUUCCCAAAGAGGACCAGAGUGCACACACCGUUUCCCAGCGCCUACGAAAAUUGCGACAAAUUCCGGCAGAGUUGAUUCCCCUCGGUGUUGUCGUCGGAUUCGCCGUCUUCGCCGCGGGAUACUCAAGCUUCCGCAAGUUCGCGGUAGACAAGAACCUCCGACUUAGCCGUCAAAACCGCAAGGACGAGCCCGCCGAGCACGGUGAGCAUGGUGAAGGCCAUUAA